AUGGUAUUUUUAUUAAAUAAAUUAAAUAAUGUCUUUUUGAUCGCUGUAUUUUUUUAUAUUUUUAUAUUCAUAAGCUCCUCUUUUGUAUAUUCUAAAAACUGUGAAAGAAUUUUUGUGCAAUGUCUCACCAAAUACUCUGAAUUUAAUAAUAUAGCAAUGGAUGAUUGCAAAACCAAAUAUCUUACCUGUUUAGACGAAGAAAACCAAGAAAAUAGAAAAAACGAUAUUUCAGAAUGCCAAGGAAGAUGUUUUUCAAUUAACCAAGAUUGUAAAGAUGGAAAAGGCUAUCGUUUUCGUAUGAGCCAGUCUGAUUGUGAAGGUUUUAAUUAUUUUAAAUGUAAUAGUAGUUGCCAAACAAUAGAAUAA